UUUUUUCCUCUGCAGUCGGGUUUCUUUAGUUUUCUUCAUCUCUUGUUUCUUUAAAAUUAGUCAAAUUCGUUGGCUGUCUUAGUCCUUAUGUGUUUGUUUGUGCUUAUUCUGAAAAUGAAGAGAAACAGUCACUGUUUGGUGGCUGUAAAUAUCCCAAGUGAUCUAAAUUUUAAGGGAAGUCAAAGCAAUUGAAGGUAUUUCUUAAUGAUUUUGAUUUGUAAUAUUUUGUGGGGUUGGUCCAUCUUGGAGAAUUUAAAUACACUCUACAUGCAUACAACUGUAGAUAGAGACCCCUGUCUUCUCUUCUAAGUAAAGCCUUUCUAUUUCUCAAACCAGCUAGCUCAAUUGGCAAGGAUAAAAUUGGUAGUACAUUUAAGACUUCAACUUUUAUCUGUCAUUCGAAAAAUAUUGACCGUUGGAUGUAGAUCAGAGCCAAAGAAAAUCAAUCAUAUAUUGUAGUCUUCUUUUUUUGUUGAAAAGUAAAGUUACAGCCUUGAUUUCUUCUUGUCAGUAUGCCCCCGGAAAUUACUAUAAUACUUACUGGUUUUGCUUAAUAAAUUACUAGCCGACGUUCUUAAUUAGACGGCACUCUUUGGCAGUGAAAUGUAACUUCUUUCGUUGUCAUGAACAAUAUUUUAGUACUGUUGCGUCUCAAUGAGUGCCUCUUUUUAUAAAAAAAAAAUUAAUUACGGUUGGCAUUUAAUGAUCACUUGACGAAGCGAUAGGAAAGAUUGUGGGGCAUCUAUAGAUUGUAAUCAUGGUGGAAGAUGGUGGCAGUAGGGUCUUGGCAGAUAUUCAAUCAGCUGAUGACUGGUUGUUACAUGCACAAGAGCUUGUUCCAGUGGCUCUUGAUAAGGCUAGAGAGGUUAGAGGGUUUCCUGGUAGGUGGAAGAUGAUCAUUUCGAAAUUGGAGCAGAUCCCGUCACAUUUAUCAGAUUUGUCAAGCCAUCCUUGCUUCUCCAAAAAUGCACUUUGUAAGGAGCAAUUGCAGGCAGUGUCAAAGACCUUGAAGGAAGUAAUUGAAUUGGCAGACUUGUGUGCGAAGGAGAAGUAUGAAGGGAAGCUUAGGAUGCAGAGUGAUCUCGAUGCCUUAUCGGGGAAAUUGGAUUUGAAUCUAAGAGAUUGUGGACUUUUGAUCAAGACAGGGGUGCUUGGUGAGGCUACUUUGCCUUUGUCUGUGGCUGGUACUUCAGCAGAAGGUGAGACUGCUGCAGCACAUGGCAAUUUAAGGGAAUUACUUGCACGGCUUCAGAUAGGACAUUUGGAGGCAAAGCACAGAGCUCUUGAUAGCCUUGUGGAGUUCAUGAAAGAGGAUGAAAAGAAUGUUUUGUCAGUUUUAGGACGGAGCAAUAUUGCUGCUUUAGUCCAACUGUUAACGGCUACAUCUCCUAAAAUACGAGAAAAAACUGUAACUGUAAUAUGCUCACUUGCAGAAUCAGGCAGUUGUGAAAACUGGUUUGUUUCAGAAGGUGUUUUGCCACCUCUAAUUAGGCUUGUUGAAUCUGGGAGCUCAGUGGGUAAAGAGAAGGCUACAAUUUCUCUUCAGAGAUUGUCAAUGUCGGAAGAAACAGCCCGAGCAAUUGUUGGCCAUGGUGGGGUUCGACCUCUGAUCGAGAUCUGUCAAACUGGUGAUUCUGUUUCACAGUCAGCAGCAGCAUGUACUUUGAAGAACAUAUCAGCUGUCCCUGAGGUUCGACAAACACUAGCUGAAGAAGGGAUUGUCAAGGUGAUGAUAAAUCUACUAGAUUGUGGAAUUUUGUUGGGGUCUAAAGAAUAUGCUGCGGAGUGCUUGCAGAAUCUCACUGCCAGCAAUGAGAAUCUAAGAAGAUCAGUUGUUUCAGAAGGUGGAGUCCGAAGCCUAUUGGCAUACCUGGAUGGUCCUUUGCCUCAAGAGUCUGCUGUUGGGGCAUUGAGGAAUUUGGUUGGUUCAGUUUCUAUUGAGAUUUUGAUUUCUCUUAAUUUCCUUCCUCGAUUGGUUCAUGUGCUUAAAGCUGGAUCAUUGGGUGCACAACAAGCUGCUGCUUCAGCUAUUUGUAAGGUUAGCACCACAGCAGAGAUGAAGAAAUUGGUGGGUGAAGCAGGGUGCAUUCCUUUGCUUGUCAACAUGCUUGAGGCUAAAUUAAACUGUGUUAGAGAGGUUGCUUCCCAAGCAAUUUCAAGCUUGAUAACCUAUUCUCACAAUUGCAGAGAAGUAAAAAAGGAUGAUAAAAGUGUACCAAAUUUGGUCCAAUUGCUUGAUCCGAGUCCUCAAAACACUGCAAAAAAAUAUGCUGUUUCCUGCCUUGCAUCUCUCUCUUCAAGUAAAAAAUGUAAGAAGUUGAUGAUUUCAUAUGGAGCAAUUGGAUAUCUCAAAAAGCUUUCAGAGAUGGACAUCCCAGGUGCUAAGAAGCUACUUGAGCGAUUGGAAAGAGGGAAGUUGAAAAGUUUGUUCUCCAGGAAAUAGCCAAAGACAAGAUAAUCCGCCUUCUGUAUCUUCUCUAUGUAGUUUCAUUAUCUGUAUGAAACAUAGGUAUCAAUGAUAUCUGUUGUGUGUUGAUGCUGAAUCAUAUGCUAAUUAAUGAUAUCAAUGUCAUAAUACUUAUAAAUGUAUAACAUUUCUCUUUA